GUAGAUAUUGUACACAGGUGCCAUGUCAGGCGGUUAACGUUAACUACUUGUUAGCGGAUAGCAGCAGUGCCGACUCCAGAAGAGGGGUCUGCGAAAGUGUUUGGAGAGUUAAUUACUAGAACGCAUCAGUCGCUUGCAAUAAUAUCACGUUAACAAUUAUUUUGUUUCAGCAUGCUUCAAUACUUUGAUUUGUAACCUAAUCGAAAAUUGAAUGCAGUGGUGACAGAAGGAAGGACAACCAUGGCAGCGCAUGUUAGCGAACUCGAAGUUGCCAAAAAGAACUUAACAGAGGCCAUUGGGGAUAAUGUGAAACAGUACUGGGCGAACCUAAAACUAUGGUUCAAGCAGAAGAUCAGCAAGGAGGAGUUUGAUAUUGAGGCAAGGCGACUUCUCGCACAGGACAAUGUACAUGUUCAUAAUGACUUCUUGCUGGCCAUUCUUACUCGUUGCCAAAUCAUAGUCUCUGCACCAGAGGGCGCUGGAUCAUUACAGUGGGCAGCAGGCUCUACAUCAAAACCUGUGAAACCAAAAGGGAAGAAGAAGUUCUCCUCUGUCAGGCAGAAGUUUGAUCACCGCUUCCAGGCCCAGAACCCCCUGAGUGCGGCCCAGCCAUUCAGCCCUCGCGAGACAGGGCUGGGUGAGGAAGAGGAGCUACGUCUGAGCGCCCACACCCUGCUGCUGCCCACACGCGGCCAACUGGAGGCCCGCACCAUGGUGACUGCCUUCGAGCUGGGCCUGGACAACGUCAACGAGGACGCCGUGAGCAUGCUGGUCUACGCUGUAGAGGUCCAUCUGAAGGACGUCCUGACCGCCGUCAUCUCCCGCAGGAAGGCCUACCGCCUGCGCGACGGACUCUUCCCCUACGCGUUCGGCAGUGACGUCACGCCUCAGCCCUACCUGAAGAACAGCGUAGCGGCUUACCACGCCGUCACAGAGUGUCCCCCUCCCAGUGCGUCUCUUCCUGCUGGCCCGCCCCCCCAGGUGUCCCCUGACGAGGCGGAGCAGCAGGCUGCUCUCCUGCUGGCCUGCUGUGGACACUCCCUCCCCGCCCCCCUGCCCCCAAUCAGCAUCGCAGAUCUGUUGGAGGCUCUACAGGUACACCGGCGGGUAGUCCCCUCCCACACCGUUUACGCCCUCAGCAUUGAGCGCAUCCUGGCGAGGCUCUGGCACCCCAGCCACGAAGAACUGGAGCAGGACCAGGUGCACCGCCAACACCUGGCUAACAAGGAGGGCCUACUGAUCUACUGAACUCAGCUAACACCUGGCUAACAAGGAAGGCCUUCUGAUCUACUGAACUCAGCUAACACCUGGCUAACAAGGAGGGCCUACUGAUCUACUGAACUGAGCUAACACCUGGCUAACAAGGAAGGCCUACUGAUCUACUGAACUCAGCUAACAAGGAGGGCCUACUGAACGUUGCCAACACCUGGCUAAUAAGGAGUACCUACUGAUCUACUGAACUCUGCCAACACCUGGCUAACAAGGAGGGCCUACUGAUCUACUGAACUCAGCCAACACCUGAUCAACAAGGAAGGCCAUUGACUUCCCAAGUGCGGCUGUAGGUGCCAAAGGGACUGACUUGCGGACUUAUUUUACCCACCCCUGCCUCCACUACCACCUCCAUCACGGGGGGACCCAGAGAUGCGAAUACCUCAGCCAGACACACUAUGCCCUGGGAAUAGCACCACCGUGUGAUUAUUUCUGCUGCCAGCCACUCCCUGCUAUAGACCGAUGGCAGAAAGCAUGGGGAGGGGGUGGGGUUGUGUGCAUUCCAGGGAAGCAGACAUGGCUGAAAUGCGUGCAGCAGCUUCUAAGCAUGCCCAUGAGGGAAACCGGUGAUCUCUCCGUUAGCUGAACAGGGGCUGAUUGUUCCUUUAGUGCCGUGGAUGGCACACCGAGCUGGGCCAUUCCCAUGAUACUCCUGUUAUAGGUUUGUGUUUAUAUUGGAAACAGCUUCUUUGAAUUCCCUUAUUCCUUUUUCUAUUUUCUGGCCUCAGUUUAGGACUAAUAUUGAUUAAUUACAUGCUGGCUCCCAUCGGUGUAGCUCAAAGUAGCUGUUUUAAAGCUGUCUUGUCAUUGAUGCCCUUAUAGGAAAUUUGCCCUUACAAGGACCAAAUCCUUACCGAUGCUUUUUGACCUGGCCUAUGGAUGAACCAAGAAAAUGUACCUUUUUUGUUUGACUUCUUUACCCUUGCAGAAAUGUGUUUGCAAAUGUGAGUAUAAUAAGUGGUAGCCUGUUAAAUAAAUAAAAAAACCCACAAUAACGAUA